ACCAGUAAACACAAUACAACAAGCAGCAAGUAGCAAUCAUCUAGCUGCAGCAUCUGUAGUUUCCUUCUCUUCUUCGUCCACCUUCCGCGGCUAGCUGAUUAAUGGCAACCAUGAUGACCAUGAGCUCCGUUGCCGGUGCCGCCGUCCUGCCGCGUGGCUCGGCCGGCCAUUUUGGUGCCCAAUCUCUACCUGCGAUGGGCCGGCGCGCCCUUGUCGUCAGGGCACAAACCGAGGGCCCGAGUGCACCACCGCCAAACAAACCCAAGGCGAGCACCUCGAUCUGGGACGCGCUGGCAUUCGCCGGCCCCGCACCCGAGCGCAUCAACGGGCGCCUCGCCAUGGUGGGCUUCGUGACGGCGUUGGCGGUGGAGGCAGGCCGCGGCGACGGACUCCUCUCGCAGCUUGGCAGCGGCACCGGGCAGGCGUGGUUCGCCUACUCCGUGGCGGUGCUGUCCGUGGCGUCGCUGGUGCCGUUGCUCCAGGGCGAGAGCGCCGAGGGCAGAGCCGGCACCAUCAUGAACGCCAACGCGGAGCUCUGGAACGGCCGCUUCGCCAUGCUCGGACUUGUUGCUCUGGCGGCCACGGAGAUCAUCACUGGCGCGCCCUUCAUCAACGUGUAGAAUAAACUAGCUCUGUCUUCGGCCUAGGACAUGUAAAUGAUGAGAAUUGAUCAUCCUCAUAUUCUUUGUAGUUCUUAUACUAAUUCGACAAAGACAGCUCAUACUACCAGGGCGAAGCUGCUUUGUUUCUCAUUUAAUAAGAUCUUCCUUUUAUGAA